AUGUCCAACACACCACCACCACCACCAACAGACCCCUCAGAGCUCAUCAAGCACUUCCAAGCGCUCUCCUCAACCCUCGACGACAAAUACGACACCACCCACGACCUCGCCGACCUCCACGACUCGCUGGCGGCCCUCCAAUCGGCGCUCUCCGCCCUCCCCGCCGACGACACGGACGAUGCCCGCCGCGCCGACAUCGUCGCGGGCCUCUACAGGGGCCUCAACAGAUGCUACCGGCACACCGGCGCGGCGGAAUACCUGGACGGCGCCACGGAGUAUGCUAAAGAGGCUGUCGAGCUCACGCGGGAUGCACCGGCGCAGGUGGGGCAUCUGGCGAACACGGCGGUGUUUGUGAGUAUGAAGCAUGAGAGGUCGGGCUUGUUGGGUGAGAUUGAGGAGGCGAUAAUGUAUUGCGAGAUUGCGCUUGCGGUUAUGGGGGAGGGGGAAGGGGAGGGGGAGGUGGAUGUGGAGGAGCGCGCGAGCACGUGCUCGAAGGCGUGUGUGUUUUUUGAGCGCAAGUAUAAGCAGACGGAGGAUGUGGGGGACCUGCAGAUGGCGGUGCACUACGGGCGCGAGGCGGUCGAGUACUCGGCGACGGCGGGCGCGCUGCAUCGCAGUGGGAGGGUCAAUAAUCUGGCGAAGCAUCUGUGGACGAGGUAUCGGCUCCUGGGCGACAUUGAUGACCUGCGGAAGGCGGCGGCGUGCUGGGAGGAGGUGGCGGAGACGAUGCCGCAGGACCAUCCGGACUGGACGAGGCUGGUGGCGAAUGUGGUUAAUUUUUUGAGGGAGGUGUAUAAGGAGUCGAUGGAUGUGGAUGACUUUAGGAGGAUGGUGGCGUUCUUUAGGAGGCGGGUGGAGGCGACGCCGCGGGUGCAUCCGGGGAGGAGGGAGGCGCUGGUGGGUCUGUGUAGUCUGUUGAUUGAUGAUUAUAUGCAGACGGGGAACUUGAAGGCGGUGCGUGAGGCUAUAGAGAAUGCGGGGGAGGUGCUGGAGUUGACGCCGCCAGGACACCCGGACAGAGCGGAGGCGUUGACGGAUCUGGCGAGCUAUCUGACGAGAGAGUAUCACGAUACUGGGGACCUGGAGACCCUCGAUAGGGCUAUUCGUUAUAGCGAAGAGGCGGUAGCGUUGAACGACCCUACGGUCUAUAGAGCAAAUCAUCUUUCAACGAUAUCUCUCGGCCUGGGUGCGAGAUACGAACGCAAGGGCGACCUGGAUGACCUCCGGCGGGCAAUACUGUACGCCAGAGAAGGAAUCGCAGUGGCACAUGAGGACGAAGAAGCACGGGUCCCGAUUGUCCACAACCUGGCCAGGCUUCAGUACAUGAUGUUCAAGCGGGCCUCCACGCGGGAGAAUCUCGACGAGAUGCUGGUAUGCGCCGAAACAGCGGUGGAACAGACUCCGCCGGGCCAGCCGAGAAGCUACAUCCCGCUGUCGAAUCUGGCGGGGUGUCUGGAGGCGAAGUACUACUUCACCAACGACCGGGCGGCCCUCUUGCGGGCCGCGGAGAUUAUGGAAGAGCUGUUGACGCUGGCGCUGCCGGGGGAUACGACGCGGCACAAGUUUAUGUCUAACCUGGCUGCCUUCCUUACGCUGAAGAAUCUGGGGCUGGAGAAGCCGGAUGAGUUGGAGAUGAAAAGGGCCGUUUACUAUGCCGAGGAGGCGCUCUCGGCGGUGCCGAAGGACCACACUGAUCGCGCAAGCUUUUUGGUGAAUUUGGGCUUGACGCGCAUGGAGGUUUUUGACGGGGCCGAUAUGGAUACGACGCAGCUGUUUCUGGAGGCCUGGGAGUGCCAUCAUUCGCCUCCCUUGACUCGUAUUCAUGGCGCACGAUACGCCGCGGGGGUGCUCGUGCAAAUGGGUAAGUGGGAAGAAUCGAGCAGGAUGCUCGAGGACGCCAUCCGGAUGCUGCCAAAAGUGAGUACACGGUCACUCGAGGGGCAGGAUAAGCAGCAGAUGCUGGUGAAAAUAAGCGGGCUCCCCACAACGGCCGCCUGUGUGGCUCUUGAGGCUGGGAAAUCUGCAUAUCAUGCCCUGGGCCUGUUGGAGAUUAGUCGUGGGAUCAUCAUAGGGUCGACCAUCGACUAUCGGGGCGAUAUAUCGGAUCUGAAAGAGAGGCACCCCGAGAAAUUCCAGAAGUUGGAAGAGCUUAGGACGGAGAUCGACACGCCGCUGCCGGAUAGUUACGAGAGCCAUACGGUUGGCUCCCGCUCGUUUCAGACGGAGGAGGCAUAUCUGCAAGCGCGGAACCGCGCGUUCAAGAGACGGGAGGAAGCGCUCGAGGAGAUGGACGAGAUAUUAAAGGAGAUCCGGAAGCUUCCGGGCUGUGAACGGUUCCAGCUUGCACCUUCAGAGGAGGAGUUGAAAUCUUGGGCGAAGGAUGGCCCCGUGGUCACUUUUGUCAGCUCUAGCUAUCGCAGCGAUGCAAUCAUCCUCACGAGCUCUUCAGUCACCGCAUUGCCGCUGCCAGACCUGGUUCAUGAUGACAUCGAAGGCCGAUUAAGCGUGAUCUUUGAAGCGCCGGCAAAGAGGUCGAAGAAGAAGAGAUCGCCGGCAGCGGAAAUGCGCGAGUAUGCCGAGCGCAACCAGAAGAUGCGGGAAAUGCUCCUGUGGCUGUGGAAUGUUGCGCUGCCCCAUGUCUGGUGGAUUGGCACCGGCAAGCUGAACAUGGCGCCAUUCCACGCCGCUGGAGACCACGCUCGAGGCUCGACUGAGAAUGCGUUGUCCCACGUAAUCUCCUCAUACACGCCGACCAUCAAGGCGCUGUCAUACGCCCGCGGAAAGAAGCUCAGCAUAUUCAGCAAGCCGGACCCGCGCCUCCUCCUCGUCAGCAUGGCCAAAACCCCCGGCGGCGGCGCCCUCCCGGACGCCGCAAAGGAGAUCGAAGGCAUCAUGGACAUCACAAAGGGCCUCGUCUCCAGCAAGCACCUCGAGCACCCCAGCGCCGACGACGUACUCACGCAGUUUGGCUCCUUCGAGGUCAUGCACUUUGCCUGCCACGGCGUGUCCAACCCCUACGACCCCUCCGAGAGCCACCUCAUGCUCCAGCGGGACAGCAACACGGCCGACAGCCUCACCGUGGCAGCCAUCUCGCGCAAGAAUGCGAGGACGGCGCAGAUUGCGUAUCUGUCGGCGUGCUCGACGGCGAAUAAUGCGGCGACGCAGCUGGCGGACGAGAUUAUUCAUAUUGCGAGCGGGUUUCAGUUGGCGGGGUUUAAUCAUGUGCUGGCGACGAUGUGGCCGGCGGAGUCGGCGGUGUGUACGGAGAUUGCGGUCGCGUUUUAUAGGGCGCUGUUUGAUGGGAGCGGCGGGGAGGAGGGGCAUUUGAGGGUGGGGAGGGCGAUGAGGGAGGCGGUGUUGGGGGUGAGGGAGAGGCAUCCGUUGUUGCCGAGGAAGUGGGCGCCGUUUAUACACUUGGGGGCUUGA